UUUAUUUUUUUCAAGAGCCAAGGAACCGCCGGCCCAGCUCGACCACGCCAGUGACGUCACGAAGAGGACAGUCGAGCGAAGGGACGCGGAGGAGGAGGACCCAGCACCACCACGCACGCCGCCCGAUACACCCCCGCUGUGGCCCGCUACAGACCCGCGCCGCCGCCCUACCCUAUGGUCAAUAUGAGCUGCUACAUCCAAGUGUGCGAGGACGAGAACGACGAGCCCAUUGAGAUCCCCACGGAGGAUGACAACACACUGCUGCUCUCGACCCUCGUGGCGCAGUUCCCCGGCGCCUGCGGCCUCAAGUACCGUCAUGCUGAGAGCCGUAGCAUGAGGGGCGUCAGGCUGGUGGACGGCCGCCUGCACUCUCCUGACGAGGGCUGGAACUACGUCUUCUUCUGCGUGUUUCCUAAGGAGGAGCGUUUAAGAAACAUGAUCCCCGCAGCUACCGGGUUAAUGGAGUUUGAAUCAUCAUAUUUACUAGAAAACAAGCGUAAGAGCGAUGACCACCUGGAGAGUUCCAUGUCCAAGACCAAGCGCAUGGAGAGCAAGCAGCGCUGCUCUGACCUCAUCGUGCUGGGGCUGCCCUGGAAGACCACUGAGAAGGAGCUGCGGGAGUACUUUGAGCCCUUCGGGGAGGUCCUGAUGGCUCAGGUCAAGAAGGACCCCAAGACCAACCAGAGUAAAGGGUUUGGUUUCAUUCGCUUUGGCAAUUAUGAGACCCAGGUGCGUGUCCUCUCCCAGCGGCACAUGAUCGACGGGCGCCUGUGUGACGUGAAGAUUCCCAACUCCAAGAGCGCCUCACUGUACGACCAACAGCAACAAUUUGAAGCCCACGAGUUUCAUUGGCCGAUGGGUUUGGCGUCGCACGCUGAUUGGCCAGGCAUGGGGAAUCUUCCGUCGCGCGAAGGCCAAGUUCAGCAGGUGAACAGCAAGGUGUUCAUCGGCCGCUGCACCGAAGACAUCACCGCCGAUGACCUGCGCGAGUACUUCAGCAAGUUUGGUGAGGUCACCGAUGUUUUCAUUCCUAAGCCAUUCAGGGCCUUUGCCUUUGUCACUUUCCUAGAUCCUGAAGUAGCUCAGAACCUGUGUGGGGAGGACCACAUAGUGAAGGGAACCUCCGUCCAUGUGUCCAACGCUGCGCCCAAGAGUGACCCCAACCGCGGGCCUUUUGGACGUGGUGGGCGCAUGGAUGGGCGGUACGGGCAGUAUGGCAGCUACGGGGGGGGCAUGAACAAUGGGGGAAGCUGGAAUCAGGCCGGGAGCCGCGACAUGCCCAACCUGGCAGCUCUGGGCACGUCGCUGGGGCUAGGGUCAGGACAGGGAGGGCAGGGCAGUGGGCAGAAUGUCAAUCCCCUCAACAUGGGGGCCCUGACCAUGCCCAUGCUGGCUGCCCUCAGCCAGGCUAGCUGGGGACUUCUGGGGAACCUGCAGCAGCAGAAUCAGGAUGGCACACAGGCUCCCGGCUACAGUCAGGGGGGCCAGCCAAGCCAGGGGGGGCCCCCCAAUAACCCUCCACCAGUCAACCAGACUGCUGGGGGAGGGGGCAGCCAUGGGAGCUGGGGCACUGGGGGCUCCAGUGGGGGGGGGAGUUGGGGCGAGGGCAAUCAGGGGGGGUCUUGGGGGCCAUCUCAGGGGGGCCGCGAGAAGUACAACAGGUAUGACAUGUAAGAGAGAGAUGACAGAUGUACGGCAGACCUGGGUGGCUGAGGAGUGGAUGAUGACACCAGGCUAUGAACAAGUAGUUGAAGAAUGAUGAUGAUGAUGAUGAUGCUGUCAGAAUGUUUACAUCCCUUUUUGAGUGUGCUGAAUAUUAUAAUCUUAGCGGCCUGCAAAGGCAGAGGGGGUGGCUCAGGGGUGUUAUGUGUGUGUGGUCAUGUCAACACUCCCUCUUCCCUUGUCUCAAGCAUGCUCCAUAGAUUUAGCAUAGUAUUCACUUUAACUAUAAUAAUAUUCACGCUUAGUGUGUAUCAUUUGGUGUGGUGGUCAUGUAUGGGUGGGUGUAGCCCCGAGUGUUGCAGCCAUAGUGGAACACAUGGUAUGAUUGUAUGGGCGCUCCUCUCGCUGUGUGUAGCCUCCCGGGGCAGGGCCGCGGCGUGGCUCAUGCCCGCAGGAAAGUGACCAGGCGCGUGUGACAGCUCCAUUGUACUGAGAGUGGUAUGGACGUGUGGAUGGCAGAGCUUGCCUAUGCCAGGGUUGUGCAAAAAGUUAGUCCAAUGGGUGUGCAAGUCUCAGUCGCGUGAGAGAGGCCCUCCCGGCCCCCGGGGGGGCGUGACGGUGCUGCCCUCACGCCCCCUCACUGGCCGGGAGGACUGAGGCAACAAUCAGUACCAUGAGCCUGGCUCCAUACCGUUCUCAUGAAAUGCUGUUAUAAAUGUUACAGUUGACAAAUGAUUUUUUCCAACCUGCUUCAUGACACCAAUGUAAUCUAAGGUCACACUUUCUUGCUUUUUUUCCCCCCCAAUAGUUGUAGCUGUUCGCCCUAUGUGAACAGUGUGGAACCAGGAGUCUUGUAUAUAGUGUGUUUGUUUGCAGCAAAGCAGUGUGGGGCCGUUGGUUUCCGGGGCUGCACGCGCCCCUGUGGCUGCCCCGCCGUGUUCCGGGGCAGGCAUGGGGGACGGAGGGCGCCGGGAACUGCCCGCUCCUUCACUUAGUUAUAAUCAUGUUUCUCAUUCUAAUCACAGACUCGAUAUUUGCCAGUGUGAGGUGUGACCGAGGAAGCUCUGAGUGUGUAGACUAGGAAGGCCAAGCUAUGAGUGUGUGUCAUGCUACAAAUUGAUAUAUUUUGAAAGUCUCGUAUGAGCAUUGGCCUCUAUUUUAAUACUUCGAGUGCAUCUGUUUAUGAUAACCAAAAAGUGCAUGAGUCUCAUUGGUCUAGUGUAGACUCUUGCCCCUUCACACCCUGCUCAACAGAUCUUAUUGCUUAGCAUUCUGUCAGUGAGCACUGCACAAGUCUUUUUUCCUUCAAUUCUUGUCUAGGAAAGUAUAAUAGUUGGAAGUGUAUUGCCGAUGAAUUUGAGUUGUGUAAAAAUUGUGUGCAAGGGAAAUUUUUCAGUCCUUAAAGCUUGGUGCAAAAAUGUGUUCAUGGCAAUAAACCUCUUGCUUUUACUUAUUCUGGGGAAGGGGCAAUUAUAACCUUGACCUCACCUGACCUCACCUCUCAGUGUUGCCGAGGUCACUGACCUGGGAAUCACAGUACAAAGUCUGUGUGUUGAGCAUGGUGGUCAGAGUGGCCUGGUGGAGGCAGGAAGGCUCGUCCAAUACAUACCUGACUUCUGCGUGGAAGACAUGGCCCGGCUGGGUUGUUGUUGUUGUUUCAAGUGGCAUUUAUCUUAUCCAGUAAGAUGUGAUGUUUGCAUGUGUUUUUGGGUUCAUAAUGGAAGUGUUUUGUUUAGUUCAUUCUUCAUUUUGUGAGUUGGCUUCCCAGUGAGCUAAUACUAAGUAAGCAUUGCCAGCCUUCCUGCUCUCCCGUGACCCACUGUUGAAAGGAGGUGUGACAGAGCCAUGUAAGAUUUAACAAGCAGGCCUUGUGUUAAACCACAAGCUCUUCUCAGUCAUAAAUGAAAGAAUUUCUGAUUUUAGUUUUUUGGCAUGAGUGUAUUUCUGUACGAUUGAUAAGGAAUAGUCUCACAAAUUAUAAACAUUACUGUUCUUUUCCUUCCAUUCAUUUCACCCCAAGAUAUAAAUAACACUUACGUAGAUUUUCACCCAUAUACGAGGUGUACAUGACUCCAUACAGGCCCUUUAUUAAAAGUGUGUGCUGUGAGUUUCUAAACAUUAAAUUGUAGGAAGGUACAAAAGUGCGUGUCCUGCCAGUAGGUGACGUGUGGAGUGGCGUGUGUGUGUGACGACAGGAGCUGCCGGUCUGGUGGAUGCGUUGCACUGCGUAUAACUUACCUCUUGGCGUGAAUUGGAUGUCCCUCAAUAGUUCAUAAAGCCACACCUAAAUUGAUUAAGUACUACCAUCCUCCUCUUCCCAGGAACAGCUUUGCCAAUCAUUGCGUAUGUCACCUUAAGCUUCUUGACCAGAGUGCGGGGGUUGACAGGGCGCGUCCCUCUCUCGGGAGGAGUGUCUAGGGCGUUGGUACUAGGUAGGAAGACUAGGGCUAAGGUAGAUAAGGGUUAGGGAGAGAUACACAUGACUGGUAUGUGCAUGUACUGGAAGGAAGAUGCUUGACACCCUGAGAAUGUGCAGAUGGAGAAGGAUGGGGAUGGAAUACAUGUAUGUGUAUGCUGAUGGAUGACACCCGGCGAGAGAUGUGAAUCCAGAUGUGCUUGAGAUGAACGACCGUGUCUCGCAGCCUGGAUGUGUCGGAUGAGUCACUUCUUUGUGUGGAGAGUUUCUGAUGUGAAGUUGAUGGUAUAUGUGAGUCUACUGUUGUCCUUCUGGUGUGUGUGUGAGUGGUUGUACUACUAGCGUGCUCUGUCUUAAUAAAGGAUUCACAGCUAC